GCAUGCUCAGAAAAAUAAAGAUGGCAGCUUCAAUGGAAGUCGCAUCUUCUCCGCCUUUGCGUACUCUUUCUCAGCCCGUGGAGACGAAAGAUUUGAUGAAGAAGAAAGAUACUGAAGAUCGCUGCCUGGCCGUCCUUACCAGCGGUGGAGAUUCUCAAGGAAUGAAUGCAGCAGUGAGAGCUGUCGUCCGUAUUGCUCUGUUCAAAGGGAUGAAGCCUUACCUUGUUAAUGAAGGCUAUAAAGGUCUGGUUGAAGGCGGGGAAUUGAUCAAGGAGUGCCAGUGGACGGACGUCACUCAUACAAUGCAUAAAGGUGGGACGAUAAUAGGGACGGCAAGAUGUAAAGAGUUUCGCGAGAGAUCAGGAAGACUGGACGCAGCAGCAAACCUUGUCAAAGCCAGAAUCAACAACCUAGUCAUCAUCGGAGGAGACGGUAGCCUCACAGGAGCUAACAUCUUUAAAGAGGAAUGGAAAGGACUCCUGGAGGAACUAGUUAGAAAAGAGAGGAUAACGCAAGAGGAAGCAGCCUUGCUUCCUUACCUCAAUAUAGUUGGACUGGUAGGAUCCAUUGAUAAUGAUAUGUGUGGAACUGAUAUGACCAUCGGUACAGACUCGGCACUCCAUCGUAUCAUAGAAGCAAUGGAUUGUCUUGUGUCCACUGCCUCCAGUCACCAGAGGACCUUUGUACUGGAGAUAAUGGGACGGAACUGUGGGUACCUUACCAUCAUGGCCGGCAUAGCCGUGGGGGCUGAAUGGGUACUGAUACCAGAAAACCCACCCAAGGAAGGCUGGGAGGAAAGCAUGUGCGAUAAAUUAAAGUCGUCUCGAGAAAAAGGAAGGCGACUAAAUUUUAUCCUAGUCGCUGAGGGGGCCAUUGAUCAAGAAAACAAAAAAAUCACAACGUCUGAUGUCAAGAAAGUAAUUGAUUCAAAGCUAGGGUUUGAUACUAGAGUGACUGUAUUGGGUCACGUACAACGUGGGGGAAGACCCUCUGCUUACGACCGUAUACUGGGCACUAGGAUGGGAGCAGCUGCUGUCCAGACCUUGUUUGAAGCAAAGGGGGAGAUGGAUGCUUUCAUGAUUGCUAUUAGAGGAAAUGAGAUGACCAAACUGCCUCUGAUGUCUUGUGUGGAAACGACAAAGAAGAUUGGAAGUGCUCUGAAUGAGCGAGACUUCAAUCGAAUGCAAGAGCUAAGAGGAUCCAGCUUUGCUAGAAACAUAAAGAUACUUAAGAAGCUUGAGGCCUGUCCAACGACCACCUGCAAACCAGAGUCAAGUCCCAGCUCUCCUUCUUACACAUUUGCCGUGAUGAAUGUUGGAGCACCUGCUGGUGGAACCAACAGCUGCACCAGGUCCUUUGUACGCUUCCUAUUAUACAGUGGACACACUGUACUGGGAAUAUACAGUGGAUUUGAUGGGCUAAAGGAGGGAGAGAUUAAGAACUUGGACUGGUCUGAAGUUAGUGAGUGGGGGUCAGUUGGUGGGUCUAAACUGGGUACCACACGCACGGUCCCUGAUGACAAAUCACUUGAUGCUAUCGCUAAAUCCUUAGAGUCUCAUGGUAUCCAAGGCCUGCUGGUCGUCGGUGGAUUUGAAGCGUUUCAAUCUCUGAUCAAGUUGGAGGAGGGUAGGCGCAAGUAUCCAGCACUAUGCAUCCCCAUAGUCCAAGUGGCAGCUACCAUAAGCAACAAUGUCCCUGGCACCGAGUAUAGUCUUGGUUGUGAUACUGCUCUGAAUGUCAUUGUCUCCGCUUGUGACAUACUCAAGCAAUCGGCCACUGCUAGCAGGAAGCGUGUCUUUGUCGUGGAGACUAUGGGGGGCUAUUGUGGCUACCUGGCAACAAUGGGUGCUCUAGCAGGUGGAGCUGACAGUGCGUACAUAUUUGAAGAGUCCUUUAAUUUAGAUCACCUUCGCAAGGAUGUGGCUCACAUGGUUCACAAGUUUAAAGCUGGUAAUUUUGAGAAAGGUAUCAUCAUGCGUAACGAAUCCUGCAAUAAUAACUACACGACUGAUUUCAUGACGCAGAUGCUAGCCGAAGAAGGCAAGGACUACUUUAUAGCCAGGAGCAGUGUCUUGGGUCACCUCCAGCAAGGCGAUGCACCGAGUCCAUUUGAUCGUAUACUAGGCACUAAGUAUGCCUAUCAAUCCAUGAAUCACCUGUUGGAAUGUAUGGAGCGCAGUACCACUAGUGAAGGGAAGGUGUUAGCCACUGGGAGUGAUACAAUCUGUGUCAUGGGUCUAGUUGGAGUGGAGUAUAAGCCCACACCAGUCUCUGUUCUAAAGGAUAAGUGUGAUAUGAAGUACAGGAUACCUAAUGAUCAAUGGUGGAUACAGCUACGUCCUCUAGUCCGUAUACUAGCGCGUCAUGCUGAUAAAAAGUUUCACGGAGAAACUGAUAUGAUUGAUGAUGACACUCGAUCAAAGGAGCCUCAUCCUCCUCAGUUCAAAGGAUUGUCAAUGAAUGAUGUGAAGCCAUUCUUGCCUCCACUACUGGUGUUAGGUGCUAUGAUUGCUAUGACAUUUGCUAGACUUAAUAACUGGUGACAUUUGCAUGUAUCACUCUCAUUUUUAUUGUAAGCGGAUCUCUCAUUAUAUUAUGAUAAUAAUGAUUACUUAUUAUACUUUAGAUUUUGAAAACUUUUUAGUAGUUUUUGUGCUACUUUAAAUUGCAUAGAGCUGUCAUUCUAUUUAUUUGUUAAAAUUAUAGAUUCGUAAUAAAUUCUA